CUCCGACAUCCAAAUCCUUCUCCCCUCCCUACCUCUCCCUUCCCUCACCUCAUACUUUCUCUUUCCUCCGCGUCGCUCAUUCCCCUUGGUCUUCAUGCUCAAUAUCCCACUCUAGUCGCUCUUUUACCAAUAAGUUUCUCGGAGCAGAAUGAGAUUGCCAAACUUCACUCUCCUAGCCGUCUUAGCAGCUAUAACUCAGGAAGCAUCAGCCUGGCCAGCACAACGGAACAAACGAGACGAGGCGACAACUACAACCACUGAGACUGAUCACAUUACACAGGUGAGUCUAGCCGACAGGUGUUCUUCAUCGCAAAUAUCGCCCGCCCCUAAUAUGUCUAAAAUCAUCCUGGCUCACGUUGCGACAGACCGACUUCGUCACCCUUACCCAGAUCGUUACCGAAACGGCCUAUGUGAUUGAUGUCGUAAACUUCCCAACCCCAAUCACCACUAUCCAACCGACUGGGACGGCCUUAUCUGGAGCUGGCAACAAUGUCAAUGGUAAUGGAGGCACAGGGUCCGGAGAUUCCAAUGGGUCGAACGGAUCCGGUAGCUCCAAUGGGUCUAACGGAUCCAGUGGCUCUAAUGGGUCCAAUGGGUCCAAUGGGUCCAAUGGGUCAAACGG